AUGGAAGCAGGACCAUCGUCGGCCACCGCGGGCGGCGGUGGAGGUGGAGGAGGACCAGCGCCGUUCUUGAUAAAGACAUAUGACAUGGUGGAUGAUUCAUCGACAGACGAGAUCGUGUCUUGGAGUUCGAACAAAAACAGCUUUGUUGUUUGGAACCCUCCAGAAUUCGCCAGAUUGUUGCUUCCUACUUUUUUCAAGCACAAUAAUUUCUCUAGCUUUAUCAGACAAUUAAAUACUUAUGGAUUUAGAAAGAUUGAUCCUGAGAGAUGGGAAUUUGCCAAUGAAGAUUUUGUGAAAGAUCAAAAGCAUCUGCUUAAGAAUAUCCACCGAAGAAAACCAAUUCACAGUCACAGUCACAGUCACAGUCACCCUCAAGGUUCUUUAGUGGAUCCAGAAAGAGCAGCAUAUGAGGAAGAAAUAGACAAGCUUUCGCAUGAUAAAGCUAAACUCGAGGCAAGUAUUCUAGGGUUUGAACAGCAGCGGUCAUCUGCAACCCUUCAGGUGGAAGAUCUAACACAGAAGAUAGAUACUAUGCAGCAGAGGCAGGAAAAGUUGCUGUCGUUCUUAGAGAAGGCUGUUCAAAACCCUACAUUUGUUGAACAUCUUGCUCGUAAGAUUGAAUCUAUGGAUUUUUCAGCAUAUAGCAAGAAGAGACGAUUGCCUCAAGUUGAUCACUCAAUGCCAGUUGCAGAAAAUAGUUUUGUGGAAAAUCAUAGCAGUUCUAGACCUGAGUCGAAUGUCAUCCAACAAGAUUUCUCAAAUAAGUUGACACUGGAAUUAUCACCAGCUGUUUCAGAUAUUAAUUUGGUUUCACGUAGCACCCAGAGCUCCAAUGAAGAUGGGGAAGCCCUCAAAGGAAAAUAUCUGAAGGGAAUCCAAAAGAUGCACCAACUAGGACAUCAGGCGAUUUUGACUUCGAAUGAAGAUGUUGAUGGUCAUAUUUCCUGUCAACUAAAUCUUAGUCUGGCAUCUUCUUCCUUGCAAGCCAACAAAAAUCCUUAUUUAGCUAGGAUGCCUCAAUUAGGCCAGGAAAUUGGCAAAUCUCCAGACUCAAGGUUUAAUGAGAGUAACAAAGAUUCUGAUGUGCGAGUUAUUCCAAACAACAUAAAUCUGGGUAAUGAGCGCACAACUUUAUCCUCCUCCCAGGAGACCCCAAAUAACAAUCAAGCACCUGCAUCAGUUCCAGCUAGAGUGAAUGAUGUUUUCUGGGAACAGUUCCUAACUGAAAGACCUGGCUCUUCUGACAAUGAAGAGGCAAUUUCUAAUUACAGGGCAAACUCAUAUGAUGAACAGGAUGAAAGAAGGAUGGGUUUUGGAGUGCCAAGAAAUGUUAAAAAUUUGGAGCAGCUUUCUCUUUGA